CAGCCGCCCCCCAGCUAUGAAGACCCCGGCAGACACAGGUUUUGCCUUCCCGGACUGGGCCUACAAGCCCGAGUCCUCCCCGGGCUCUCGGCAGAUCCAGCUGUGGCAUUUCAUCUUGGAGCUGCUCCGGAAGGAAGAAUACCAGGAUGUCAUCGCGUGGCAGGGGGACUAUGGCGAGUUCGUCAUCAAGGACCCCGAUGAGGUGGCGCGCCUGUGGGGCGUCCGCAAGUGCAAGCCCCAAAUGAAUUAUGACAAGCUCAGCCGGGCACUGCGUUACUACUAUAACAAGCGCAUCCUUCACAAGACCAAGGGAAAAAGAUUCACCUACAAGUUCAACUUCAACAAGCUUGUGCUGGUGAAUUACCCGUUCAUUGACGUGGGGCUGGCCGGUGGGGCCGUGCCUCAGAGCGCCCCGCCGGUGCCCUCUGGGGGAGGCCACUUCCGGUUCCCCCCCUCGACGCCCUCUGAGGUGCUGUCCCCCACGGAGGACCCUCGCUCGCCCCCGGCCUGCUCGGCCUCCUCGUCAGCCUCUUCGCUCUUCUCAGCCGUGGUGGCCCGACGUUUGGGCAGAGGCUCUGUCAGCGACUGCAGCGAUGGCACCUCAGAGCUGGAGGAGGCCCUGGUGGAGGACCCCAGGGCCCGCCCCCCAGGCCCCCCAGAGCUCGGUGCCUUUCGGGGACCCCCACUGGCCCGACUGGCUCCCGAUGCGGGCGUCUUCCGUGUCUACCCCCGGCCCCGUGGAGGCCCGGAGCCCCUGAGCCCCUUCCCUGUCUCCCCCCUGGCUGGCCCUGGCUCCCUGCUUCCCCCCCAGCUCUCCCCAGCUAUGCCUGUGACCCCUACCCACCUGGCCUACAGUCCGUCCCCUACGCUGAGCCCCAUGUAUCCUGGGGGGGGUGGUGGUUCUGGAGGGGGGUCCCACUUCUCUUUCAGCCCGGAGGACAUGAAGCGGUACCUCCAGGCCCACACUCAGAGUGUCUACAAUUACCACCUCAGCCCUCGGGCUUUCCUGCACUAUCCGGGGCUGGUGGUCCCUCAGCCCCAGCGCCCAGACAAGUGUCCGCUGCCACCCCUGGCCCCCGAGACGCCACCUGCCCCGUCCUCGGCAUCUUCUUCUUCCUCGUCCUCCUCGUCCUCCCCGUUCAAGUUCAAGCUGCAGCCCCCUCCUCUGGGCCGUCGCCAGCGUGAGCGGGAGAAGCCCCUGGCAGGGGCUGAGAAAGGCGUGGGGGCCCCUGCAGGGGACACUCCUCCAGCUCCUGGCCCAGCCCCACCCCAGAUCAAGGUGGAGCCCAUCUCAGAGGGAGAGUCGGAGGAGGUGGAGGUGACCGACAUCAGUGAUGAAGAUGAUGAUGAGGAUGGGGAGGUGUUCAAGGCUCCUCGGGUGCCCCCUGCGCCCCCCAAGGUGGAACCUGGGGAGGGCCCUGGCCCCGCCCAGUGCAUGCCCCUCAAACUUCGGUUCAAACGGCGCUGGAGUGAGGAUUGCCGCCUGGAGGGAGGCGGUGGCGGGGGGCAGGAGGAGGAGGACAAGAAGGUCAGGGCUGGGACCCCCUUGGCCCCAAGGCGGGUUAGUGCUGACCUCCAGCAUGCCACUGCCCAGCUCUCCUUGGAACACCGAGAUUCCUGAGGGGGGCUGCCCUGGAUCUCCCCAACCCCUGCCCCUUCCACCCCAUCCUUUACUUCUCUGCUGCCUUAAUUCUGCCCUCUCCCUGGUCAACAGAGGCGGAGGCCGGCCAGUGUGGGGAGGGGGGAGCAGACAGCUCUUGGGGACCCUUCCCCCAGGCCAGGGGACAUUCCUGGUCCCCUCUUCUGGACCCUUGCCUUCUUCCUCCUCCCCUCUCCUCUUUUGUAUAAAACUUUUGGUUUUUUCUUUUUUAA